UCUGUAACAAGGUAGGGCACGACUGAUAAGGGGUGGAACAGGCAUGUGCGUGUUGUGUGGCUGUGGAAUGAAUGUGGGAGGAGUGGUGUGAAGAUGUGCGAGGAUCAAUGCCAAAAAGGCGCUGCAGUGACGCCAGCAGCAGCGGUGAUGAUGCAGGAAGAGGAAGCGACACGACGAGAGGAGCACGACGAGACGAGUGUGGCAACUCCCUCGCCCGCCUCCCGGUCCAGUUGCGUCCCCCAGGACAACAACAACAGCAGCCGCUUCCACCGAGCCGUGAGGACUGCCAGCCUCGUCAACCCACGGGCUACCUCUACAAGCUGGGCAAGGGCAGGCUCCGAGGCUUCCAGCUACGUUGGUUCUCGUACGAGGAGGCGACUGGCGAGCUGGUUUACUCGCGCGGACCCGGGGGGGAGCCCCUCGGAGCCAUCCCCCUGGCCGGAGUCUCUCUCAUCCCGGCGGUGCAGGACGAGAAGACAUUCAGCGUGCGGACUCCCUGGAGGGAGUACACCCUGAAGGCAACAAGCAGCAAAGAGAUGAUGUCUUGGCUAAAUUGGUUAAAAGAGAAACGAGAUGAGAUUCCUAGUGAUAUAGCGAGCAAAUCGCUUCAAGGGCCAGCGUCUGAUUCUGUGACAACUUUGGACUCUCAACCUUUCAUUGAAGAGCCAUCAGAGGAGCCAGAAACUGCUGAAACAAUUACCGCAUUGCCAGCGGACAAUGCUGAAUCUCUCGUUCGACCUGAGAUUCACAGAAUGCGUCAGUGCUCAGAUGAUGAACAGACGGUCUCUAUACCUGAUAUUUUCCUUCCAGCUGCAAAUGAAAAUCAGGAAGAACCUGUUGUGGACGUCACGAAUUCCAAUGUUACAAAAACAACGUCAGAGAGUGACGUAGGAUAUGCAGCUCUAGAUGUAGCUGACAAGCGAACAGACAACAAAGCCCCAGCAGUGGGAAACAAGAACCCUUCCCGUUGGACAACAAUCAAAAAGGUGGUGUCUCCAGUGCCUUUGGCUACACAUCGCCCACAAGAUAUACAGGUGUCUGUUCCAGAAGGGCUGAGGCCAGCCUUUACCAAACUCCGCCUCGGAAAAGAUUCAGAUACACACAGCACUAUCUCAGAUCUGCAGAUGCGAGUGGUGUUCCAAGAACAGGAACUCAAAGCUCAGCAGGAGCUAGUGCGGCUCCUUCAUCACACUCUCCAACAAGCCCAGCAGGAGAAGCGGGCAUCCCUCGCCUUCCAGGUGGCCUCGACCGAGAUUGAGAGGCUGGAGAUACUCCGGCAUCGUGAACGGCAGAUUACAGAUCUCAGCAAUCGGCUUCAGAUAUCCCAGCAACAGAAUGAGAAACUGGAAAUGAAUGUAUCAUCGCUGCAAAAGAAGGUGUCGAGCUUCAACGAACAGAUGGGGGCCUUCACAGAGAUGGUGCGGGCCAAGAAUGAAGUGAUCCUCAACCUGUCCAGCCGUUUGACCGAGAUGGAGGGAUCCCAGAAGACUGCCUCAGAGUCGAGCCCCCCCCCCUCUUCCACCUCCACCACGACUACCAUCACCAUAGUCGACGCUGCUUCGGGGGAAGCGCGCCGAAAUAUUGAAAGGCUUAAGGGAGAGAUUGAGACUUGCAAGUCAAUAAUAAAAUUUUUGGUGGAAGAAGUCGCAGCACAGGAGAAACUGCGGAUGUCAACCACGAACCAAUUCAUAUUGAUGCAAGAAAAGUACAUGGGGCUGAAUGGCCUCUAUGCGCAACUGGAGAGCAAGCUGCUGGUGCUGUUGCAUCUGCUGCAGUCGCCAAGCAAUUCAGGUGGCGUCGGUGAUGAACAGUUUUUGGCAAUGCUCAAGGCAGACGUCUUGAAUGCCAGGUUGAAGAUCCAAGAUGAACCUAUGUCUCCGUCUAUUAAAAAGAAUGUCGACAUAUAUGGAUUUAAGCUGGAACAGGAAGGCAAUGAUCCAAUGACCAUCCUGGAACGAGCGCAGCUACUGCAGGAGAUGUCUGCUGAAGUUGUCAGCAGCACAGCAACCAACCGAGUCGUCCUGGACAGAUGGGAGACCUUCCUGUCGGGCCACGACCUUUGCGUAUCGCCGGAGCUAAAGCAGCUGGUGCGCGGCGGCGUGCCGCACACGCUGCGACCCCGCGUGUGGGCCUGGUGCGCGGGCCGGCGAGUGAGCGAGGAGCGGCGCCAUCAGCCGCCCGGCUACUACCACGCGCUCGUGAGCCAGGCGCAGAACGAGCGCACCAAUCCCGACGCUCGGCACAUCGAGCUCGACCUGGCGCGCACUCUGCCCAACAAUUGCCACUUCGAGGCGUUGAGUCCUAAGGUCGUGGAGCUCCGCAACGUGCUGCUCGCGUUCGCGUGGCGCAAUCCGCACAUCGGCUACUGCCAAGGGCUCAACAGAUUGACUGCCAUCCUGCUGCUGUGCCUGGAGGAAGAGGAGGCGUUCUGGUGUCUGGUAGCACUUAUUGAGUUUAUUAUGCCCGCCGACUACUACAGCAAGAAACUGAUUGCUUCACAGGCUGACCAGCGCGUGCUACGCGAGCUGGUGGCCGAGAAACUGCCUCGCAUGCACGAGCACCUGGAAUCGCUGGGCGUUGACCUCACGCUCGCCUCCAUCAACUGGUUCCUGGUGCUGUUUGUGGACAGCCUGCAGAGCGACGUGCUGUUCCGCGUGUGGGACGCCGUGCUCUUCGAAGGGAGCAAGGUCAUCUUUCGCUAUGCCCUCGCAAUUCUCAAGUUUAAAGAGGAGGAAGUGCUCCAACUUCAAGACUACACAUCUGCAUUCAAAUACCUCUGCUACUUCCCACGAAACAUAUACGACUUUAAGAAACUGUCCCACCUGGCCUUCCAGGAGAUGAACCCGCUGAGGAAGAGGCACAUUGACAAUCGGCGCGCCGUGCACAUCGAGCGCCUGCGCGAGGAGCUGGGAGAGCUGCUGCGUGUGCAGGGCGAGACUGUGCGAUUCCACAACAGCUACGUCCCCUCAAGGCCUGCCGCUGUCAGUCCCAGCACAGAUGAUGAGAAGCCAACGUGAUCCCGAGGCCUUUGUUGAGGAGGUGUCGUCCGAGCAUUGCGUGGCGCCUGCGUCAGUGUUUAGGAGGCAUCCUUAAACUGCGAUAACCUCUUUCAGUGUUGUGCAUGCAGUGCGAUAGCAGUCACAUACGGGUGUAACAUGUUACGUAUUCAGAAACGAAUUUUAAAAGACUCAACAAUUGAUCUAAAUGAUUCUGGAAAAGCCUUUUAUAAGAGAGCACAAAGUAGACCAUAUGUAGUAUCUAUUGUGUUAAGCAUACAGUCGCGUCGUAAGACUGAAAAGCACGUAAACAUAUCGAGAUAAUAAGAAAUGUUGGUAUUCAUAUUGGUGAACCAAACAAGGUGACAUAAUAGUUUGGUUCAUGGAGUUUUUUGCAUGCAAACUUUUCAACAGAGGUAAGUGGGAAAAGAAUAGAUCUUUUGUGCACAUUUUACCAUGAAUUUAAGUUGGAAGGCAUUUUAAUCAAGUUUUUGCAUUAAUUGUAUUUUAAUAAAGCGACAUAAAACUGAAACGCAAUUUUACUCAGACAAUUUUAGUUUUUCUGUUUGUAAUUAAAAAAAGUACACAAUUAUUGAUGUGUACAGUUCCGCAUACUUUUGUAAAAUGUUACCAUAAGUCAUAGUUUAUAAUAAAGGGUAUCUGUGAACUAAAUACAUUUUGAUUAUUUUCCAAAAAUACACUCCACAUGCGCAAACACAACAGUUUCAAUUUACCACGAUAAGGGUUGAUAGCCAAACAUGGCUGUCAAAAACUUUCUAUCGCUUGAUCAUUCUAAAUGUUAACAAAAGGGGCAGAGAAAGGAGAGUAGUUUAGCGACAUUAACCAACGUAAUAAACCAGUUAUAUUUAAACAGGCGCAUGGUGAAUGAGUACUCAUUUAAACUGUUGUUGUGUCAUUACGCACUGCUGUCAGAGCGGCAACAAACGGGGCCUCACGAGACGAGAUCAAAUAUCCGCAGGAAACGCGGCGCUGAGACACAAUGGCCCUGCCACUCGUAGGCUGCGGGAAAGCACUCUGGUUGACGUGAUAUCGUUUUUUUCGCGGUACGAUAUAUCACAUUUGAUUCCAUGGCUAUAGCCGCGAUAUAAUUUUUCCACAACUUGGCAAUUGUUUUUCACGGUUUUAUUAUUUAGUUUCUGUGCUCUGCUGUACUUUUCUAGCGUGAAUAAAGGCUAAUUUAACAUUA